UAAAAAGUUAUUAUUCUUCGGCUUCUCAUGAUGAACGUCCCGGAAACUGCUGGGGAACCUUCGUGCAAACGACAAGAAAAUGGCGACGCAUCGACUGGUUCUGAGCGCCCACUCAAGAAAGCUCGUUUUGCUUGGCAAGUUAAAGGAAAAGGGAAAUAUCAUUUAAAAAAUGACUCUCCUGGUUCCAAAAAUUCGUUUACGGCUCCCGAAGAGCCUGAAGCACCAGGGCCUUCGCAAAGUGAAAGUAACACCCACAAUUUAGUAGGUAACACAGAGCAGAACUUGGAAAUUUUAGGGGAUUACUUAUUGAAGCAGGACUUCAAUACUUUAGACUCUGUGAUCACCGACUCUGAUAAGUCACUGUUGAAACCAAGUACAAGUAUAUCAUCUGAGAAGUUGGACUAUCCAAGAUAUGUUAGUUCCUUUGACAAUAAUGGUUCUAGAGCUAGUAGUAGAGCUGAAGCUGUAGCUAUACCAAUGUGUUUCUUACCACAGAGCUACUCAUACACUGAAGAACAAUGCAUAGCACGAUGGCAGGCUAGACAAAUGGCGAAAGGAUUUGUGGACAACACUAUAAACCGUGUCCUAGAUUCUUGGAUGGUAGCCCCUCUACCAGCUGACAUUGGGAACAGAUUCCUAGCUCUAGAUGUAGCAGAGUUCAUCAAUAACUUACCAGGAGACAAUAGUAUAGAGAAUGAAGGAAUUUUAAUGGCUAUUUCUGCUCACGGUCUUCAAAACAACUCGACAUCAAGCAGCGAUGACCACAGUCGUACGGAGGAACAGUCAAGUACAAAAGAUAACUAUCCUUCUAGAUCAAGUAGUCCUCUACCAUUUGAAGAUGAGCUUAAGAACAGUAAUAAUAAAGAGGAUAAUUCACACAAUAUGAAUGACUUGAUGUCAUGGUCAUGCGAAAAUGAUGAUGCAAAUAAUAGUAACACAACUUUUGAUCCCGAUUCAAGUUCAUCAUAUCUGAAUUAUACAGAUGAAGAUCUUGUCAAUGACUAUACUAGUCAUUAUGAUUUUGUGGAUGCUGCCGUAUCUUUCGCUAUACAGAACAAAGGAUUAACUUCAUUUGGAACUGAAUAUGGUUAAUAUUCAUUUUGUGUUUUUGUUUUACAGAAGCACAAUUAUUUGUAAUAAUGAGGGUGGUAUUAUUACCAUAGUAUUUGUUACAUAAAUAUUUCUAAUGCAUUCUGGUGUAAGAAAAUACUCUCUCAUUGUGCAACCACUUACUUAACAAUUGAACAUACCUAACUAUUUGUAAAUAGGAAAUAGAUGCAUGUAUUGUGACAUAUUAUGUGAUAUUAUAAACUGAAUUUCAUUGAAAAAAGUAUUAACUUUUGUAAAAUUCCAUCAAAAAGUACAAAGUUUCAAUGUUGUUGAAACAUAUCAAGUGACUGAGCUUGGGC